AUGGAAGCACGACUUCUUUCGAUACAGUUGAAGCACGUAGAACAAGAGGAAGACGUUGCUGUUGACAAGCUUGUAAGGGCCGCGUGGACUGAAGCUGACGCCACGCUAUUACCAUUAGCAUCUGAAAAUAAGAGACGAGGCGAGGAGUGCGAAGUUACGGCGGUCCGUUGUGGAGCUGCAACUGAUACGUUCGGUGUGAUUCUGCUGUAG